UCUUAAAGCUAAUCGCUUUCAAAAGAGUUGAUUAAUAAUCAGACAAAAUGAGACAGAUCAUCGUCAACUAAUCUAGUCAUCUUCAUCUCAUCGAAAACCAGAUUAAGAAGACCAUCUUAAUUUUAUCAUCUUGUUUGAUCAGAUAUUCCUUUUUCUUCCCGCACAAGAAAUGGCGAAUUUCAUGUCCGAAGCAGUACAGCUCAGAAGAGGUCUCAAACCUAGAGGAAAGACUUAUGGAUUGACCAAUCAGAACAGACGAGAGAUCAGAGAAAUCUUUGAUCUCUUCGACAUAGACGGUUCAGGUAGCAUCGACCCUCGCGAGCUCAACGUUGCUAUGAGGUCUCUCGGGUUUGAGAUGAAUAAUGAGCAAAUAAACGAAUUGAUGGCAGAGGUGGAUAAAAACCAAAGUGGAGCAAUAGAUUUCGAAGAAUUUGUGCAUAUGAUGACAACUAAGUUCGGAGAACGAGACUCUACCGCGGAAUUGACUAAAGCAUUUAAGAUCAUUGAUCAAGACAACAAUGGAAAGAUUUCACAGCGCGAUAUCAAGCUAAUUGCAAAGGAAUUAGGAGAAAAUUUUACAGAUAAUGAUAUAGAAGAAAUGAUCGAAGAAGCUGAUCGUGACAAAGAUGGAGAAGUUAAUUUGGAGGAGUUUAUGAAGAUGAUGAUGAGGACUUCAUACGCUUAUCAGAAGUAAUAAUGCUUGUGUAGUAUAUUAGUUAAUCACUUCGAUUGUAAUAAAAAAAAAACUCGAUUUGCAUAGAAAAGAAGAAUGAAUCUGUUUGAUUUGUAAUGUGGUUGAAUAAAAAUGUACUAUGUUUGUAUAAUGAAAAAUAUACAUUAUUAGUUAUGCUAUGAAAAAAACCA